AUGACCGUCUGCACCCUCCACGCCGGUGGGCUUCGGAGCCCCGGACUCUGCGCCCCCACGCGGUGGGCUCCGUCUCCGCCCGGCCUUCCCGGGAUCCCGUCCCGGCCCCGGCCUCAGCUGAGGCCACUGCUGCUGCUGCUGCUGCUGCUGCUCUUGCCGCGCUCCGUCCUCUCGGCCGUGUUCACUGUAGGGGUGCUGGGACCCUGGGCCUGCGACCCCAUCUUCGCGCGUGCCCGCCCGGACCUGGCCGCCCGCCUGGCCGCCUCCCGCCUGAACCACGCGGCUGCCCUGGAGGGCGGCCCCCGCUUCGAGGUCGCGCUGCUGCCCGAGCCGUGCCGGACGCCGGGCUCGCUGGGGGCCGUGUCCUCGGCGCUCACCCGCGUCUCGGGUCUCGUGGGGCCGGUGAACCCCGCAGCUUGCCGGCCGGCGGAAUUACUAGCCCAGGAGGCGGGGGUCGCUCUGGUGCCCUGGGGCUGCCCCGGGACGCGGGCAGCGGGCACCACGGCUCCGGUGGUGACGCCCGCGGCCGAUGCCCUCUACGCCCUCCUGCGAGCUUUCCGCUGGGCGCACGUGGCCUUGGUCACCGCCCCCCAGGACCUGUGGGUGGAGGCGGGACGCGCACUUUCCACGGCGCUCAGGGCCAGGGGCCUGCCCGUGGCCCUGGUGACCUCCAUGGAGCCCUCCGACCUGUCUGGAGCCCGAGAGGCCUUGAGGAGGGUCCAAGAUGGGCCCAGAGUCAGAGCAGUGAUCAUGGUAAUGCACUCGGUCUUGCUGGGCGGCGAGGAGCAGCGCUGCCUGCUGGAGGCUGCAGAGGAACUGGGCCUGGCCGACGGUUCCCUGGUCUUCCUGCCCUUCGACACGCUCCACUACGCCUUGUCUCCAGGCCCUGACGCCCUGGCGGUGCUCGCCAACAACUCACAGCUUCGCAAGGCCCACGAUGCGGUGCUCACCCUCACCCGUCACUGUCCCCAGGGAGGCAGCGUGCGGGACAGCCUGCGCAGGGCCCAAGAGCACCGGGAGCUGCCCCCGGACCUCAAUCUGCAGCAGGUAUCCCCUCUCUUCGGCACCAUCUAUGACUCAGUCUUCUUGUUGGCUGGGGGCCUGGCGCGAGCGCGGGCGGCCGCAGGUGGCGGCUGGGUCUCCGGAGCGGCAGUGGCCCGCCAUAUCCGGGAUGCCCGGGUCCCUGGCUUCUGUGGGGCCCUGGGCAGAGCUGAGGAGCCCUCAUUUGUGCUACUGGACACGGAUGCCACUGGGGACCGGCUGUUCUCUACAUACAUUCUGGACCCUACCCAGGGCUUCUUCCACUCCGCUGGAACCCCAGUGCAUUUUCCUAAAGGUGGACGGGGGCCUGGGCCUGACCCCUCGUGUUGGUUCGACCCAGACACCAUCUGCAAUGGAGGAGUGGAACCCAGCGUCGUCUUUAUCGGCUUCCUCCUGGUGGUUGGGAUGGGGCUGGCUGGGGCCUUCUUGGCCCAUUAUUGUAGGCACCGGCUGCUUCACAUUCAAAUGGUCUCUGGCCCCAACAAGAUCAUCCUGACUCUGGACGACAUCACCUUCCUCCACCCGCAUGGGGCCAACUCUCGAAAGGUGGCCCAGGGGAGUCGAACCAGUCUGGCUGCCCGCAGCACAUCAGAUGUUCGCAGCAUCCAUAGCCAGCUCCCGGAUUACACCAACAUUGGCCUCUAUGAGGGAGACUGGGUUUGGCUGAAGAAAUUCCCAGGAAAUCGGCACAUAGCUAUCCGUCCAGCAACCAAGAUGGCCUUCUCCAAGAUCCGGGAACUCCGGCAUGAAAACGUGGCCCUCUACCUGGGGCUCUUCCUGGCGGGAGAAGCUGGCGGCCCCGCGGCCCCCGGAGAAGGCGUGCUGGCUGUGGUCUCAGAGCACUGUGCCCGCGGCUCCCUCCAAGACCUCCUCGCCCAGAGAGACAUAAAGCUGGACUGGAUGUUCAAGUCCUCCCUCCUUCUGGACCUCAUCAAGGGAAUAAGGUAUCUGCACCAUCGAGGGGUGGCCCAUGGGCGGCUGAAGUCACGGAACUGCGUGGUGGACGGGAGGUUCGUGCUUAAAGUCACCGACCACGGUCAUGGGCGACUGCUGGAGGCGCAGAGGGUGUUACCGGAGCCACCGAGCGCGGAGGACCAGCUAUGGACAGCCCCGGAGCUGCUUCGAGACCCGGUCCUGGAGCGCCGGGGAUCGCUGGCCGGCGACGUCUUCAGUCUGGGCAUCAUCAUGCAGGAGGUCGUGUGCCGCAGCGCCCCCUACGCCAUGCUGGAGCUCACUCCCGAGGAAGUGGUGAAGAGGGUACAGAGCCCCCCUCCACUGUGUCGGCCCUCCGUGUCCAUAGACCAGGCGCCCAUGGAGUGCAUCCAGCUGAUGAAACGGUGCUGGGCAGAGCAGCCAGAACUUCGGCCCUCCAUGGACCGCACCUUUGAACUGUUCAAGAGCAUCAACAAAGGCCGGAAGAUGAACAUCAUUGACUCGAUGCUGCGGAUGCUGGAACAGUACUCCAGUAACCUGGAGGACCUGAUCCGGGAGCGCACAGAGGAGCUGGAGCUGGAAAAGCAGAAGACAGACCGGCUGCUCACACAGAUGCUGCCUCCGUCUGUGGCGGAGGCACUGAAGAUGGGGACACCUGUGGAGCCCGAGUAUUUCGAAGAGGUGACACUGUACUUCAGUGACAUUGUGGGUUUCACCACUAUCUCAGCCAUGAGUGAGCCCAUCGAAGUCGUAGACCUGCUCAAUGACCUCUACACGCUCUUCGAUGCCAUCAUUGGUUCCCAUGAUGUCUAUAAGGUGGAGACAAUUGGGGACGCCUACAUGGUGGCCUCCGGGCUGCCCCAGAGGAACGGGCACCGGCACGCGGCAGAGAUCGCCAACAUGGCUCUGGACAUCCUCAGCGCCGUGGGCACCUUCCGCAUGCGCCACAUGCCGGAAGUGCCUGUGCGCAUCCGCAUUGGCCUGCACUCGGGCCCGUGCGUGGCGGGCGUGGUGGGCCUCACCAUGCCCCGGUACUGCCUGUUUGGGGACACGGUCAACACCGCCUCGCGCAUGGAGUCCACCGGGCUGCCUUACCGCAUCCACGUGAACAGGAGCACCGUGCAGAUCCUCUCCGCCCUAAACGAGGGCUUCCUGACUGAGGUGCGGGGCCGCACGGAGCUGAAGGGCAAGGGCGCAGAGGAAACGUACUGGCUGGUGGGCAGACGCGGCUUCAACAAACCCAUCCCCAAACCACCGGACCUGCAACCCGGGGCAAGCAACCACGGCAUCAGCCUGCACGAGAUACCCCCUGAUCGGCGCCAGAAGCUGGAGAAGGCGAGGCCAGGGCAGUUUUCUGGGAAGUGA